AAUUGGUGGCCAAAGUUUCGGCUUAAAGUUUGGAACACCCGGUGCGUUUUCCUCAGUCUGCAGGGAAGGGGGAAAUGCUCCGGGAGAAGUACGUUUUCAAACGUCUGUGAUUCUGGAAGAUGGGCGUCAUGGAGAUCUUUUCACCAGUAGUAAUCGCCGUCCUGGGAAGCUGUGUUCUUUUCUUAUUCUUUCGGUGGAAGAAUUUGCGUGGACCCCCGUGCAUCCAGGGCUGGGUUCCCUGGAUCGGAGCGGGAUUUGAGUUUGGGAAAGCUCCUCUUGAAUUUAUAGAAAAGGCAAGAAUCAAGUAUGGACCAAUAUUUACCGUCUUUGCUAUGGGAAACCGAAUGACCUUUGUUACCGAAGAAGAAGGAAUCGAUGUGUUUCUAAAAUCUAAACAUGUAGAUUUUGAACUAGCUGUACAAAAUCCUGUCUAUAACACAGCAUGGAUUCCCAAGCAUGUCUUUUUUUCACUGCAUGAAAAACUGUAUGUCUUGAUGAAGGGGAAGAUGGGUACUUUCAGCACACAUCAGUUUACUGGGCAGCUGAGUGAGGCAUUCCAUGAGCAACUGGAAGACUUAGGUGCCCGGGGGACAGUGGACCUGAACGACUUUGUAAGGCAUCUUCUUUAUCCAGCCACGGUCAAUACUCUCUUUAAGAAAGGCUUGUUUCCCACAGACGAGAGGAAAACCAAGGAGUUCUACCAGCAUUUUAAAACUUACGAUGAGGGUUUUGAGUAUGGAUCCCAGCUACCGGAAUGGCUCCUGAGAAACUGGUCAAAGUCCAAAAGGUGGCUCCUGAAGCUGUUUGAGAAAAACAUUGACGAAAUCAAAGCUCACGAGUCAGUAGCAGGCCAUUCCAGGACCCUCGUGCAGGCCGUUCUGGAUGUUGUGGAGACAGAAUCACGCCAACAUAGUCCAAAUUAUGGACUUUUGAUGCUUUGGGCUUCUCUGGCCAAUGCUGCUCCUAUUGCAUUCUGGACACUUGCAUUUGUCCUGGCCCACCCUGAAGUCCACAAGACCGUUUUAGAAGCCAUAUCUUCUGUGUUCGGCACUACAGGGAAAGAUAAGAUUAACGUGUCUGACGAUGACUUGAAGAAGCUCCUUCUAAUUAAGUGGUGUGUUCUAGAAGCCAUCCGCUUGAGAGCCCCUGGUAUCAUUACAAGAAAAGUAGUGAAGCCAAUUAAAAUUCUGAGUCAUACAGUUCCUCCUGGUGAUCUAUUGAUGGUGUCUCCGUUCUGGCUACAUAGAAAUCCAAAAUAUUUUCCUGAACCUGACUCAUUCAAACCUGAACGCUGGAAAGAGGCAAAUUUAGAUAAGAAUGCUUUCUUGGACGGCUUCAUGGCUUUUGGAGGCGGGAAGUUCCAGUGUCCCGGAAGGUGGUUUGCUCUGCUAGAGAUCCAAAUAUGUAUUAUUUUAGUGCUUUAUAAAUAUGAAUGCAGCCUUCUGGACCCAUUACCAAAGCAGAGUUGUCUGCAUUUGGUGGGUGUCCCCCAGCCAGAAGGGAGAUGCCGAAUCGAAUAUAAACAAAGAACAUGACAUCUAUUGGGGCUCAAGAGGGUCAGAACCUUCUGGAAGAGUGAAGCUACCCAGCUACUGCCCUCAUAGCAUCCUGACCCGAAGACAUCCUAAUGACACACGUGUUUCAGAUCUGAUGACCAUGCGUCUGAUUUCACUGUCCGGCACACAAAGACCCCAAUUCAAGGUUUAGAGAAAGGGUUCGAAUGAUUUUUUUAAAAGUUGAUAAAAAGUUGGAGUUUGGCUUCAUAUAUAGCCAUAUCAAACUUCAAGUAUAAAUGUCUUUUGAAUGGAAAUAUUGGUACAUUAAAUUCACUGUGAAGACGACAUACUUAAUUCUAUUUUACAAAAAAAGGAAAGAAGGAAGGAAAGAAAAGAAAACUCUAAAGUUUUGGACACUGAAAAAUUAAAUAAUGACUUCUAGGCAUUUUCUAUUUUUAAAAUAUGAUUCUUAACUAGAAGUUGGAAAUCUUAGGCUUCUUACUGUCAAACACUGCAGCCGUGCCUCGCACUGAGAAGUGUGGAGGAAACGGUGGCUUUAUGACACGUGUGGGGACGGGUUCCUGUGCUGCCCUCGUCCUGCAUAGACAGCACCAUCUUCUCUGCGGGGGACAAUCAGUGCGCAUAGAUUGUGGUGUCGAUUUGUAUUUUAAUCAAGGGAGAGGCACUCUUUUGACUCAGAGUCUUUGAUUAUAGUUCAGCAGCGAUGAUGCAUGGUCUUGCUGCAUCUUGUUAUGCCAUGCUCAGUCACUAUCCCUGGGAAGCAUGCUCUUUUCUAAAGGGAAAUGGAGGAGCCCUGGAAGGGAGGAGGGAGCUGAGAGGAAACUGGUCGGGAUGGAUGUAUUGCAUGAGAGAUGAAUAAAUAAAAAGAAAAAGGAUGAAUAAAUAAAAGGGAAAAGAUCUCAUAUUGUGUCAGAUAUGUAACUGCACACAAGUCUGUUACUGAAGUCUUGGAACAGCAAGAUGUUUGCCAUUAAGUUCUGGAGAGAAAACCCAGCAUGUCCAUGGGACUGUACGAUUCUCCUAACAACAAACAGUGGCGUCAUCAUUUAU